ACGCACGCACACACACAGACACACACACACACCGCACGUUUCGCUGUCCGUUCGCCCCCGAAAUCGUCGCGCGAGCUGACCGAAAACAUCCCUUUUUGGGUGGAAGGUUGAAAGGUGGAAGUUCACUUGGUCGGAGUGCGCUUCGCAGUGGCCCUCGUUAGUGCACUGUGAAGGAGGAGAGAACCAGUGAAAGCGGACGCGGCUCUCGGCUCGUCAUUUCCACCCGAAGCCCCGGAGUGUCACCUUGCGUCUUGUUGUUCUGCUCCACAACUUCAUUACGUCAUUUGUUUUGUUUUGUUUUUUUUUUUGCUCAGAGGUCCCAGAAUGAAGCAGGUCUCCGGUUGGUAAAAAUGAUUCCUAGCAGACGUUCCUCCAGCUGUAGCCAAGUGGAAAGCAACAGAAUUGUCAUAAAACACUCAGCAAUGAUACUUUCUGCAAAGAGAACUUCCAUUCAAGACGUAUGACCAGAACAGACACAGAUUUACUAGGACAUAACAAAUUAGACAGAAGAUAGCAGCAAAGCAGAACACUCGAGGUUUGACAUGGAGGUUGAGCGGCAAGAGGUCACAGAUGACUCCCUCUCCAAAACCUCUCCUAAUGAUCCCGACGGGGAAAAGAAUCAAGUUCACAACUGUGACCUCUGUGGCAGGACUUUUCUGUUCUUAAGCUCUCUGUCCCAGCACAUGAGGAAGCACACAGGCGAGAAGCCGUACAAAUGCCCCCAUUGCCAGCAUCGCUCAGCCCAGAAAGGCAGCCUGAAAGCCCACAUUCGCACCCACAAGAUAGAUAGUAUGAGUCAGAGCACUGGGGUUAAUGAGGAAGAGGCAGAAGAUGAAGGAGACAAAGAAGGAGGAGUACCUGAGGAGCAAGGUGGUUGUUCCAGCCCAACUGAAAGCACCUCCGCUUGCAAUAAAGUGGUCAGUGGCGAGGAAACAACUAAGACAAGAAAGAAAGGAGUUAAAAAAGAGAGGGCAAACAGUGAGGGAGGCAAGCAGUGUUCACUGUGUAGGAAGAGGCUCCGGAGUCAAGCUGAGUUGGAGCAGCAUAUGCAAGACUUUCACGAUACCUCACAGGAGGAGCACUUGCAGGCAGAAACACAAAACACACAUCCCACAGAGGAAAACUCCACUAUGGAGGAAGGUCCCAACAUGGAGGAAGCAGAGAAAGAGAAUGAGCUUGGAAAAGGGGACUUUCCAUGUGAUCAGUGUGACCAAGUCUUCACACAAGCCUGGUUCCUCAAAGCUCACAUGAAGAAGCAUCAAAACACCAGGGAUCAUGGCUGUCGCAUCUGCGGCAGGCGAUUCCGUGAACCAUGGUUCUUGCGCAGCCACAUGAAGACACACAACACAAAGACCAAGCCAAAGACUGAUUCUGAACUUCCUGUGACUGUUAAUGAGGUGACACAGGUUGAAGCUUCCCUGGUAAACGACGUAUGCCUAUAUGAACUGUGCGCCAAAUGUGGUAACUUCUUCCAUGAUCGCAAGAGCCUGCGGCUUCAUGAGCAAGUCCACAAGAAUGCAGAUAGUCCUGCUAACAGUGCUGAUGAAAGACCAUCUCCUCUCACCAAGAGACGCUUCCUUGAGAGCCUGAACUUGAGAAUGGCAGGUGACAUGGAGAAGCUCUCAGAGGGAAGGCUUGGAAAGAGAAUCCCUGAGUUGGACCCUGUUAGCAGCUAUCAGGCCUGGCAGCUGGCUACCAGAGGCAGGGUGAUGGAGGUUUCUGAAAAAGGUCUGGGAUGGGAGGAGAGGUUAGCAGAUGCAGAUGUGGUUUAUGACAAGAAAAAGGGUGAAUAUGUACUGCUGAGACAGGAGAAACGGAAGAAACAAUUGGAUGCCACUCUAACUAUACCUAAUAAGAAGAAGCGAGGAGCAGUGACCCAGGGGUCAAGCAACACCAGCACUCCCACUGAUCAACACAGAUCUAGUGGGCAGACAUCGAUGGGGGGUGGAAACGUGGAGAGUUUGAGUGACUCUGAAUAUCGCCCCUCUUCUCGCCAUAGCCGUAAAAAUUCCCAGAAUAAGACCUCUGAGUGCUUGGAGUGUGGAAAAGGAUUCCGAACUCAGCAACAGAUGGUGAUUCACAUGCUCAUAAGACAUGGCAGCAUGAGUGAAAGCAUAAAUGGGGUUUCUCUCCAAAAUCUCUUUCCUAAAACACAGCCCAGUCUUUCUAAACCUGUGGACUCUUCAGAGGACCAAAGUCAGACAACAUACCCUGAAGGUACAGAUAAAAAGCCAUACACCUGCGACCACUGUGACUUCAGCACCGCUGACUCAGCUGCCAUGGUGUCCCACAUACGCAUUCAACAUGCAGCUAUCAGCAACGAGGCCUUAACCAGCAUGAUCACCCAAAGUCACACUCCUUCCACCAGCCACAGUGGCUUCCCCAGGCUGAGGAACGCGCUACUCCAGCAGCCCUAUUGGCCCUACACCACCUCCACCCACCAAGAGAGGGCAGCACUAAGCAGCACAGCACCUUGCACCAAGAACGGUGAUGAGAACGAGGAUGAGAAGAGCAAAGAGCAGGGAGAGGCCAGUUCUGACAAAAUGGAUGCCAGCUUAUUGAAUCUUUCUGUGGAGGCUGAAAGUGACAAAGCUGGAGCUCUAGACUCAGUACAGAAUGGUCUAGUGAGGCAUCAGUGCCCAUACUGUUCCCAUGCCACACUGUACCCUGAGGUUCUCUGGAUCCAUCAACGAAUUGCACAUAAAAUUGACAGCACCACUCUGAUCCCUAAAUGGGCUCCUAAAAAUGGCGUUAAGGGACCCAAGUCGAUUCUUGAUUUCAAGAGACGCACCGGACCUCCUCCGUUUCUUGAAGGCAAGGACUGCCCUCCGCUGCCUCAGACACGAAUCCUCCGCACAAGUCCUCCUGAAUUAAGCCCUGGAGGGACCAAGGACAAACCUCAAAGCAGCAGCGCUGAAUCCACUUACUCACAAAGCAAGGGUCAACAUUCUGGACGACUGUCACACUCCUCUAAGCAAAAUCCCAGCAGGUCCCGGAUAGAUGAAGUCAAGAACUCCAAGAGCAAAGCGGAUACCAACCAAUAUUUCACUUCAUCGACAAGCAGAGCAAGACCAGCACCAAGUCCCCAAAAGACUGGAAGCCCAAAGACAGGAAGCAGACUAAUGGAAAGUAGCUUGCUGCCCCAAGAGGGACUCCGCUUCAUGCUCACCAGCAAGCACAAUGCCUCCGAACAGAGAAGUCCCAAACCUCAGACUUCCAGCCGAUCUGACCCUCCAGCCCAGGAUGCAGACAGCUCACCUGGAUUUGACCUCUGGAGUAGGCUCAGUCUAGGUGGAUCGUCCUCACACUCUCAAAAUAAAAAACAGCAGACAGGAGAAAGUCCAGGAGCUCUUACAGACAUCUACAGUUUCUUGAAGAAUUGCAGCCCUCAUGAUUUGGCAGCGCUUUAUCAUCACUGGGGCUUUAGUAACAUGAUGAUGGAGCCAGCAGGUAUGGCGAGGUCAGGGCAGAAAGAGGGAGAAUACAUCUGUCCAGUGUGCGGGAAGAGCUUUAGCCAACCCAGUCAUUACCGUACACACAUGAGAUCUCAUACAGGUGAGAGACCGUUCCAGUGUCAGUACUGUCCCUACAGUGCCUCGCAGAAAGGCAACCUGAAAACCCAUGUCCAGACUGUACAUCGGCUCACCUUUGACAAUGCCCAGUACCCUGACAGGAGGCUCCACCAUGCCCCAUCUGUUGACCACACACACCCUUCCAGUCCCGGAUCAUCCCACAGAGCGACCACAUCCUGAACAGGAAAACCUCGGCUACACGGGUUAAAGAGGAGAACAUGUCCAUCCAAAGAUCUGUUAUCUCCUCCGGGGUAAUGUGUUCACAGACGUAACCAAGGACGGCUGAUUUAACGUAAACACUUAAGUGUAUAUAUUGUAGUUGUUCGGUUGUCUUUAGUUUCAGGUUCUGUGCCAACUGUAAUUGGAAGCCGAUGUCAAUGUUUUUUGACAUGUGGAAUUCUUUUGUUUCUUUGCAAACGAAACACCAAUGUUUUUAAUAUGCUCCAUUUUUCCUUCUUAACCUCGUAACUCAUUUCCUACUCGACCGAAAUGUUGAACCUGACGCAAAGUACUGUAGGUUUUUAUGCACUGUCCUAAAUUAUCAUCAGUGGAUCCCUUACAAAUGCUGCUUCCUUACAAAUAAUGGCCAGGAUGAUGUUACAAAUUCAAGUGGUAGCCUUAGUUAGUGUUCUUGUGUGUUCGUAUCUUUUACUCCUCAGGAUUUCAGUUAGAUACAAUUCCAAAGUCUGUAUUAUGAUGAUGAUUAUUUUUUGUAGAUUCAUUGUGGUACUUCUACAGAACCUUCAGAUUAUCUUUCUGACAUUAUACACACGGUAUGUCAUUAUGAUUUCAGAGACUAUGGUUUGUACAGUCUACAGUAUAAAACAGUUAACAUUCUUCAGUUUUCUGUUGGAAGAAUCCAUCAAAAAAAAAAUUCAAAAAGUCAAAACUUUUUGCAGAAGAUAGGAUCCCUUGAUUAUCCAACAAAGCCAUCAAGAACCUAUCAAGGACCCUUUAGAAACCAUGCAUUAUCAGUGUGGUAGGCAUGUGAAAAUUGGUGAUACUGGGUAGCAUGGGCAGUAGGCAGCAUUACAAUCUUAUGGCCCCCGGGGUUCCUGGUUGAAUCCUGUAUGGAGUUUUCCAUUCAUUUGUUCUCCCCAUUUUACUUUUGGUUCAAUAGGUUUUUCCUACCUCCAAAAACAAUACACGUUUGUUAUGCUAAAUUGCCCAUCGGUGUGUAUGCAUGGCGCCCAGCAAUGGUCUGGAAUCCCAUCCAUGGUGUACUCCACCUCUCUGAACCCAGUAUUCCUGGGAUAGACUCCAAAUCCACAGCAAUCCUCUCUCAGUGCUCAGAGAAGAUGUUUUGGUACAUUCUUAGAUAAGGGUUUCUUCAAGGCUUCAUUGGAUAAUUAAGGUUUUUUAGGUUCCUAAAAGGCAGGUAUCUACAAAGAACCUUUAAGGGCUCCACCACAAGGACAACCGAGAAUAUUUCUUAAAGUUUAACAGAAUUACAAUUUCUUAAUUCAUGGAAGCCAAUGUCUUAUAAAAUCAAUGCCGGUUUUCUAAAAAAAAAAAGAAAAAAAAAGCAAGUCUUAACAUUAUUGGGCCCAAUAUCUUUUUUUCUGAGAUCAAAUAAAUGUGCAGAAAUGUCUUAUUUUCUGUGAAAGUCAGGAAAUAAUCCAAUUUCUAUUUUGUUUUGUGUGAUUUACCUUAGUUUGAGUUUUGAUUCUAUCACUUACCAUUAAUUGUAUCUUAAAAUCUCAAAAGAAAAAAAAGAUUUAAAAAAAUACAUCUGAUGUAAGCUGAUGGCACAUAAGGACUUAAAGCCAUGGUGGAUUUUUUUCCCCCAAUAGUCAAGUUAUUGCUGGAGGACUUGAUAAUAAAUGUACAGAACUGCAAUUUCUCUGUUAUUAAUUCAGUUUAAAUUAUUGCAUUAUAGAAAACUAGCUUAAUAGCUCUGAUCAGAUCUAUAGAUCAAGCGGUAGCGUGUUUUAUAACGCCUUUAAAAAGCUUUAGAAUGCCAUAUUUUUAGAUGGUAAAUACUUAAAGCAAGGAAAUUCAUGGCCAUAUAUUUCUAUGAAUGUUGAAUAAUAUACUUAGGUAUUUACAUAUUUAGUAAUACACGGUUGUGCAAGUUUCAAUUACGUUCAUAUAUUUACAGUAGUUGACAGUGAACAUUUAUCUUGAUAUUUCCUGAUUGCAAUGUAUAUGCUGAAUCGUAAUGAAGGAAUACUUACUGAUCCCACUCCCCAAAAAAAGAAAAAAAAUAUUUGUUAGCCUAAAGGCAUCUCGAUAAUGUUAUCCUGGUUACAGUCCCAUUAUAUAUAUAUAUAUAUAU